AUGAAGGCGGUCCGCUUCGUGGUGCGCGGCGCCGGCACACUGAGCCGCGCGAGCCUGGUCCCCCGCGAGGUCGAGCAUUUCUCCCGGUACAGCCCGUCCCCGCUGUCCAUGAAGCAGCUGCUGGACUUCGGUUCGGAAAAUGCAUGUGAAAGAACUUCUUUUGCAUUUUUGAGACAAGAAUUACCUGUGAGGCUUGCCAAUAUCCUGAAGGAAAUUGAUAUCCUCCCCGAUCGAUUAGUGAAUACCUCUUCAGUGCAGUUAGUUAAAAGCUGGUACAUCCAGAGCCUGAUGGAUUUGGUGGAAUUCCAUGAGAAGAGCCCAGAAGACCAGAAAGCAUUAGCAGAAUUUGUAGAUGCUCUCAUCAAAGUUCGAAAUAGACACCAUAAUGUAGUUCCUACAAUGGCACAAGGAAUCAUAGAAUAUAAAGAUGGCUAUGCCUUUGACCCAGUCACCAAUCAAAAUCUUCAGUAUUUCUUGGAUCGAUUUUACAUGAACCGCAUUUCUACCCGGAUGCUAAUGAACCAACACAUUCUUUUAUUUAGUGACUCGGAGUCAGGAAACCCAACCCACAUUGGAAGCAUUGAUCCAAACUGUGAUGUAGUAGCAGUGAUUGAAGAUGCCUAUGAGAGUGCAAAGAUGCUUUGUGACCAGUAUUAUUUAACAUCUCCUGAAUUAAAACUCACACAAGUGAACGGAAAAUCUCCAGGCCAACCGAUUCACAUUGUGUACGUUCCUUCUCACCUGCACCAUAUGCUUUUUGAGCUGUUCAAGAAUGCGAUGAGGGCAACAGUGGAACACCAGGAAAACUUGCCUUCCCUCACACCAGUUGAGGUGAUUGUUGUCUUGGGAAAAGAAGACCUUACAAUUAAGAUUUCAGACCGAGGAGGCGGUGUUCCCCUGAGAAUCACUGACCGCCUCUUUAGUUAUACCUACUCCACUGCCCCAACGCCCGUGAUGGAUAACUCCCGGAAUGCUCCCUUGGCCGGUUUUGGUUAUGGCUUGCCGAUUUCUCGUCUCUAUGCCAAGUACUUUCAAGGGGACCUGAAUCUCUACUCUUUAUCAGGAUAUGGAACAGAUGCUAUCAUCUACUUAAAGGCUCUGUCUUCUGAGUCUGUAGAGAAACUCCCGGUCUUUAACAAAUCAGCCUUUAAGCAUUAUCAGAUGAACCCUGAGGCUGACGACUGGUGCAUCCCAAGCAAGGAACCAAAGAACCUGGCGAAGGAGAAAGUGGCCGUGUGA